AUGUACUUUACCAAGCGCUCCGGUCGUGCCCUAUUCGCGAAUUCCACGAAACAAUUCUCGACAACCUUUCGACGCCAACUAUCAGGUCUCAAGAUCAACAACAACCGACUUUGGGAAACACUUCACGAGACGUGUGAAUGGGGCGCCGCUCAUAGAUACGGCCCGAAGUCCACGGAUACCGGCAUGGCUCGUCUAACCCUGACCGACGACGAUGCGCGUAUGCGUCGCUGGCUCGAUAAUGAAGUCACCAAGCUAGGCUGCACACUCUACGUGGACCAGAUGGGCAAUAUGUUCGCACGGCAGAAAGGUCGGUUGAAUUCCUCCGCGCCGAUGACUGCCAUGGGCAGUCACUUGGAUACGCAACCCCGUGGCGGUCGGUAUGAUGGUAUCCUCGGUGUGAUGGCAGCCUUGGAGGUACUGCGAACUAUGAAGGAGAACGGGUAUCAGACGAAUUAUGAUGUUGGUUUGGUUAAUUGGACUAAUGAGGAAGGAGCCCGCUUCCCCAAGUCCAUGUGCGCCUCAAGCGGUAACCAUGGACGAGCUGUGGCUUUCGUUGCGAGACUACUCGGCACCAAGGCGGAUAUCUUUGUGCCGCGGAGUAUGGAUGAGGGGACGCAGCGGCGCAUUGGAAGCGAGGGCGCCCGUGUAAUUGUCGUCCCGAGUGACUAUGAUCAGGCAGUACGGGAGGCAGCGGAUGCUGCGCGGGCUAUAGACGGGGGGAUCUUGGUGCAGGAUACUGCGUUUGAGGGGUAUGAAGAUAUUCCGUCGUGGAUUGUAGAGGGGUAUUCUACGAUGAUGAUGGAAAUCGAUGAACAAGUUGCCAAGGAGGGUCUGCAAUGUAACGUUGUUGUUACUCCCGUUGGUGUUGGUAGUCUGGCCCAUACUGUGGCGAGGCAUUGCAAAUCUCGAGAUGCGCCCGUAUCAGUCGUGGCUGCUGAGCCGGACUCGGCGCCUUGUCUGCAUUCUAGUCUGAGCGCUGGGAAACCGGUCGCUGUUCAAACGUCGUCGACUAUUAUGGAUGGGAUGAACUGCGGGACGGUGUCGUCUACUGCGUGGUCUGAUUUGCGGCGAUUUGUGGAUGCAUGCGUUACGAUCUCGUGCUAUGAAUCCCAUUCUGCGGUUCAGUACCUGGCUGCUCAGUCGAUUACGGCUGGACCUUGCGGUGCGGCAUCGCUGGCUGCGUUCAAGCGGCUUGCUGCAACGAAGGAGGCGGGCACACUCCUCAACAAAAAUUCUGUUGUUGUUCUACUGUGUACCGAGGGUCCACGGGCGUAUCCUAUUCCCAAAGACGUUUCUGUGGAAGACCCAGUCGGGUUGACUCGGAUUCUCACGACGAUCAACUCGUCGAAUCCCUCACUGUCAUUAACGGAUGGCGUUGGAGAGAACCAGAUCGCAAACUACUUGGCCGCAUGGUUCACUCACAGAGGAGUCGAGCAUCAUUGGGUAGAAACCGUCUCUGGGAGACCAUCAAUCGUGGGUGUCUUGCGUGGCUCUGGAGGAGGCAGGUCAUUGAUGUUCAAUGGUCAUAUCGACACCGUAAGUCUCUCAAGCUACGAGAAAGAUGCACUUUCGGGAGCCUUGGGUGAGAAGGAUGGCCGGCGAGUAGUGUUUGGAAGAGGUAGUCUCGAUAUGAAAGGAGGCCUAGCAGUAGCGCUUGCAGCUUUAUCUGCCGCUAAAGCGAGCGGCAACGCUCUUCGCGGCGACGUAAUCGUGGCCGCCGUUUCGGAUGAAGAGGAUGCGUCUCAGGGCACGCACGAUGUGCUGGCAGCGGGUUGGCGUGCUGACGCAGCUUUGAUUCCUGAACCUACUAUGGGCCAGAUAGUCAUAGCCCACAAGGGCUUCGUAUGGAUAGAGGUCGACAUCCUCGGCGUUGCUGCUCAUGGAUCUAAUCCCGCUACAGGACAAGACGCUAUUCUCUAUGCGGGAUGGUUCUUGCGCGCUCUCGAGCAAUAUCGGCAGCAGCUACCUGUUGAUGAUAUCUUGGGACCGGCGUCCUUACAUUGCGGACUAAUUCAGGGAGGCGAAGAGCCUUCUUCCUAUCCCGCGAAAUGUACCAUCACGGUCGAAUUCCGUACCAUACCCUGUCAGACACAGGCGUCGAUCUUGGGUGACCUCAAGUCCCUGCUGGAGGGUAUCGCCCGGGAGAACCCUAGAUUCCAUUACGCGGAGCCUCGCGCUACCAUGUUCCGCCCGACGCAGAAGUUGUCUGCUGAUCAUCCUUUUGUCAAACAAGCGGCUGCUUGUGCGACUACUGUACUUGGAGAGUGUCCUCAGAUCAGCAGCGCGCCUUUCUGGUGCGAUGCCGCGCUGCUCAGUGAGGCUGAAAUUCCGGCAAUCGUGUACGGCCCUAAGGGCGAGGGGUUGCAUGGUAAGGAGGAAUGGGUUGAGGUUGAAAGCUUACAACAGCAGGAGAAGGUCUUCAGGAAGUUGAUUGAAGACUUUUGUCAGUGA